AUGGCGACUGAGCUGGAUGUCGAUGCUCCAUGGAGUCACUCUCGAUCUGUCAAUUGGGAUAGUGAGACGGUACAAAGCUGGCUGAACCGUGAAGCGCCCCAUCCAGAUGCUCAGUUUCUGCUCACCCAAGGUCUACAAUCGGUGUUUUCCACUGAGCCUCGGGAACAGUCACUCUUGUACACGCUUGCGUAUAUAGCGGCUGCGGGUAAUGCAACUACGCGUGGAACCUUCGAACGCCUCAUAGACGUAGCUGGCGGAGCACAGGAGCAACGUAUUGUAGGAGGGACCCAGCUGCUAGCCAUCAGACUUGCUGAGAGAAUCGGAUUGAGCAAUAUCAUUUUCAAUGCUCCUGUGCGAAAUAUCGAGUUAAAAGGUGAGACCUACCUUGUCUCCUCGAAUAAUCAAUCGGUCAUAGCAAAACACGUGGUCGUUGCCAUGUCUCCUCCCCUGGCAUCCCGUAUCACUUAUCAACCAUUGCUGCCAGCAGCGCGAGAUCAUCUCACCCAGCGAAUGCCAAUGGGAUCUAUUGGGAAAGCAUUCGCUGCAUACGCUACUCCUUUCUGGCGGGAGGCCGGUCUCAACGGGCAGGUGGUCAGCGACACUGGGGCCGUACGAAUUACUUUCGAUAGCUCCCCUGAUGAUGGUUCAUUCGGUAUCAUGAUGGGCUUUAUCGAGGCGGAUGAAAUGAGGAGACUAGAUCGACUGCCUGAGCAUGAGAUAAUCGAAGAGAUCACCAAAGACCUAGUCCGCUACUUUGGGCCCAGAGCGGCUAAUGUUCAGAACUGGGUCAUUCAGCGGUGGGAUCUGGAACAGUUUUCUAGGGGAGGGCCUGCUGCAUAUGCACCUCCGGGUGUGCUCACGGCGUACGGUACAUCCUUGAAGUCACCGCACGGUAGGCUCCAUUUUGCGGGAACAGAGGCCUCUUCUUUCUGGGUUGGGUUCAUGGAUGGCGCAAUUCGAUCUGGAGAACGUGUUGCUACGGAGAUUUUGAUGGAUUUGUAG